GAAAUGUUUCCACAGUUGCCGGUACUUGAAAGCGACCCGGAGAGAAUAUUACGGCUGUGCUCAUGUCACCCAUUCUGCAAAAGUCGUCGUCGAAUAUGGAAAGGUGAAGUCCAGGCCACGUCGUACGAGCUGCUGCUUGAAAGAAAACCUGUCGACGAAUGUGUGAGGAGAUGGCCAAAGAAAGUGUACGGUAAUAGUCCAUGCCCCCUCUUCGGGAAGACACGGUACGUUCACGCGAUAGAACGUGGUAAAGAAAUGAAGCAAGAAGUGGUGAGGAUCUGCCAAGCACCGAUGAACGUGUAUGUUGAUUGCACUUACUUGCACUUGUAUCGGAUGGCUAAGAAAAUGGGAGCGAUAAACCUUGUAAAAGAACCGACUCCAAUGUGCAGUUGUUGCGGAUGUUGCCCCUGCACCAAAAUUGAGUACCAACUUCAUGACCCUGAAAGGGAAAAAAGCAGGCGAAGAGAUAUGAGAGACUUUGAUACCAGGGUCAAAGAGGAUAGUAAAAUAAUGCGAAUCAUGUAUAACUGAGAACCGUAGUGUAUAGAUGACGUUUGAUAUGAAAAUUAUUUAUGGGCUGAUGUUGAUCGGACGGUGUUUGGUGGGAAGUUUCGGUGGUUAUUAUUUUGACAUUUUAUCAUCGCGACAUCUUUGCGCUACUCCUUAGAAUAAUAACGCAUAGAAACCUAGUCCGCAC